AUUAUGCAAGACCACCCGCGGCAGCUACUGUGGACGCGGCUAACGCAGACAUGACCGAGGCAGGUGUGGAAAAUUGGGAGACCAAAUAUCGGGUUUUAACUCCGGUGACACUUGACAGCAAGAAUGAGGAGUACACACGAUUCGACAAGUACAAGUCCAAAUAUAUGGGGCGAUAUAAUAGCGUGGACCAAUCCAAGACAGACAUGAGUUACGCUGAAUUUGGGGCAUUGGUGACAGCACAAGAAUACUCUUUCAAGAACGGCGACAUCUUGACUGGCACGGUUGUGCAAUAUGAUGGUCCACAGAAGGCCAUGGUGGAGGUCGGUGCGAAGACAGCGGCCGUAUUGCCGCUGCGUGAGGCAACGAUUGCACCAUUGGGCGAUGGCGAAACGAUCGCAACCUUUGUAGAUGUUGGUGAACAGUAUGAGUUUCAGAUCGUAUCGGAUUCCCGUGAUGACGGGCAAGUGACCGUUUCUAUCAAGAAGAUCAUGUAUGCCAAGGCAUGGGAAACACUCUCAGAGUGGUAUGCAGAAGACCCUGUCUUUGAGGCAGAGAUCGUCCAGGUGAAUCGCGGAGGGGCAAUUGUUCUUGUCGAGGGGCUUCGCGCCUUUCUUCCUGGCUCCCACAUCAUGGGCAGUGGUGGUGCCUCCGAGGCUAUGAUUGGUAAAAAGAUCCCACUAAAGUUCCUCGAAGUGAACCAGGAAGCCAACAAGCUUGUCGUCAGUAAUCGCCGUGCAGUAAUUGAACACUCGAUGGCCUCGAUCAAGCGCGGAGACGUGUACGAUGGUACUGUAACUGCCGUUAAACCGUACGGCGCCUUCGUUGAAAUCAUGGGGAUGUCCGGCCUUCUCCACAUCUCGCAGAUCUCAUACGAUCGCGUCGAAGACCUGGAUGCAACGCUUGCAUGUGGCAUGGCCAUUAAGUGCAUGGUCAUAGACCAUGACAAGGCAGCAGGUCGUAUUGCGCUCUCAACCAAGACCCUUGAACCUGAACCCGGAGAUAUGCUUCGUGACCCGAAUCGCGUAUUUUCUCUCGCAGAGGAGACAGCCGCAAAAUAUCACGCUCGAGUCGAAGCCGAGAAAAUUGCUCGUGAGCAGGCUGCGAAGGAGAUGGUUCUUGGCCUUGGUGACUCACUGGGCUCCCUUGAAAGCGUGCUCGACCCUUCGGAGCCGCAACUUGAUCCUGAUUCCGAGUGAAACUAGCCGGUGCCAAUCGAGCAUCCGUAUUGGUGUAGCAUUGUGUCUAAAUGGCCAGCUUCGUUCAGCCAGCUUCGAACAAGUAAAAGUAAGAGGAUUGCGAUGUUGCUUUCGCUAGCCACAAGAUUCAUGUUUAUUCGAGACACACAACAUCGAUUCGAGACACACAACAUCUUCCGGUCGGCAGUGCAGGCAGGUCGGGCACCCCACCACUACUAGCGGCCACUACCCGGGGUAUCGGGGGCAGCGUGCCCGUGGGCCAUGGCCUAAAAAAAAAAUAAGCUACUACCUCCGAGGUAUCCUAAUCGCGAUAAACAGCCACCUGCUACCAUGAUGAACGGCGGCUAUCGCCCUCAGAACGCGAGUGUAAUUAUAGUGCGCUUGG